AAAAUGGCCAUUACGGUAUUUAGCAUACGAAUUACGCGACUUGACAAAUAAUUAUUAUUUAUUAUUAAUGUGUCUUGAAGCUUGAAGGUGAUGGUCGUAAUACGUCCAUAGCCAGUAAUUUAUCGAGUGUUUAAUUUUUAUUUUCAACCAAAUUUCAUUAUUUUAAAUUUAUUUUUUUAAAUAUAUAUAUAUAUAUUGUUAACUAUACAAGUAUCGAAUCAUCAACAAGCAUAUUCCUGAUAGUCUCCGAUCACCAUAAUCAUCAUCACUUAUAAAUAAUAAUAAUAAUAAUUAUUAUUAUCUUUAUUAAACGCGUCUUUGCGUUUAAAUAAUUAUCCUCGGAUUAAGUGAGUAUCAAUGUUGUCUGGCAAUGGUGUGUAAAGAGAAUGUCGUGUCAUGGUUUGGAAACUUGUCCAGUCAUAAGAGAAUCGAUAUUAUGUGCACAUUAUUAAAUAUGUGCCUGCCAUUUGAAGUCCGAUAUCUGGGUACUUGUAUUGAAGAUCGGGGCAAGCGUGACUACAAUGAUUUACGUGAUACUGAGCAUCAUGCUAAUAAUCCUGCUGAUUUAGCAGAAUUAGCAAAUCUCGGUGGUGUUACUGACACACGUGCUCGACGUAAACUGGUUCUCUAUGUAGCUUUACUUCAUGGAUGCAAUUAUGAAUGUGCCAAGACAUUUUAUAAAAGUCUUGCUAAUUUUGAUACCCAAGAAAUGGCUAAUUCAUUGGCCAAUCAGGACGAACCACUUGAAGAAUUAAUUCUUUUGUAUACAAUGGCAUUAAAUCAUCCGGCUUUUAGUUAUGAUCAGAAAACAACAUUUGGUAAUAUAUUUUUGAAAUUAAAGGAAGAAGAAGAAUCACGUAUUAAUGCUAAGCAAAUAAAUAGUGGAUAUAAACCGGGAUUACCACCAGGAUGUGGACCUUGUGGAUCUAAUGAACGUUUGUGUGAUCAAGGAUUAGAUGCUGGGGGUAUGUCAGGUAUGAUGCCACCACCGAUACAACAGCAACACCAACAGCAACACUAUGCUGAUAUAUUCCGUGGAAAUCCAAUGGUAGCUGGUGGAAUCCCACCAAAUAUGUCAAUGCCACCACCACCACCACCAGGACUUUGUUUACCACCAGCAGAACAAAUUAUAAAUCAUCCACAAAAUCAUAAUCCAGCUCAGUAUCUUCACUUGGGAUUCCCAGCAAUUAAUUCGAUAGGACCCUGGACUGGACAAACUCCAAUGAUGAUUGGAAAUAAUCACCAUCAUUAUCAUCAUCAUCAAAUGAUGUAUCAUACUGCAGCACCCAGUGGUGAUAUGAUUGUUUAUCCUGCAUCCCCAUUGGUUAGUCGUCCAUCUUCACCGGUUUCAAAUCAUCCACCACCUCCUUCAAGAUCACCACCAAGUCGCAGUGAUUCACCAGGUCGUCGCAGUAUUCGUUCUUGGUCUAUUGAAGAACGUACAUCUAAUGCUAAUCAAACAAACACAACCAGUACUACAACAAGAAAUGUUACUUCAUCAAAUCAAUCUGGAUCUGGAUCAAGAUCUGCUCCUCCAGUUACACUUACUCCAAUGACUACACCAACUUCUGGUGCAUAUUCACGUCACAACAGUCUUACUCCCAGUACCAGUACUAGUACAACAUCUUCAACUUCAUCUAUUAAAAAUAAUAAUAAUAAUAAUAAUCCACCAGCUAAAUUAAGAUCUCCUUCAACAUCAAUCACUGGUACUGCUCCAACAAUAAACAAUGACACUUUACGUGAAACCCUCGGCAAAGAAAUGCCAAAUUAUAAAGCCUGUCUGCAAAAUUAUUCAAUGGAAGAGAUAAGAAGAAUAAGUGACGAAGAACUGAGAGAAAUUGGUUUGACACAAAACGCAGUAGGUCAGCUUAGAAAUAUUAUACGUCCUCAAAGUUCAACUUCAACAAACGGCCAAAAUCAAAUCGACAAAAACAAAAUUGAUAAUUAUUCGGCAACUGAACAAACUGAUGAGAUUUCACAGCAGCAGCAAGAAGUUAAUGAAUUUUAUAGUCCGAAAAUUCCUGGACCAGCGUUACCAUUUUUUCAAGAUUUCCAUCAGUCAAUUCAUCAUCAUCACCACCAUCAUCACCAUCACCACAGUCAUCUUGCAAAUAUUACUAGCAUCAGACGUUACCAGACAAUGCAGCCACCGCCGAUGGAUCCUAAUCAACAGCUGUCUGUUUUUCCACCGCCUUCAGUGUACGCGACUCAGAAUCCUUGCUAUGCUUGUCUUACAGUUCCUGCUGCUGCUGCUACGACUACUGUCGGCAUGCAAAAUCGCUAUCCCAGGUGCAAUGCACAACACAUGUACUGCGUAGCACAAUUACAAGCAUUGAGAUUAGACGCAGACAGUAGUCGUCAUUGUUCACAGAGCAGUAGUUCAGAUGGUAGUACUGGUAGUAGAUCACCACCAGGUACACCACCGGCAGUUUGGUCUGGCAACUCGACAUUGAUAGCAACCAGUACUGUCAUAAAUGAAAAUACAUCAGUGACAACAACAACAGUUACUGCAACAUCAAAUACUAGUGAACAGACACCUGGUACUUCAGUAUUGUCUUAUUCAACAGUUGCAUUAUCUCGGCAAAAUACUUCAGCUAUUCAACAACAGCAACAACAGCAGCAGCAGCAAAUUAAUAAUGAUCGCGCGCGAAGUAUGAAAAAAAAUCAAAUGAGACCGAAAAAUCAAAUGAUUAAUGGAGUGACUAAUAAUUCAAGUUGUUCAGUAUCACCUGCUCCAAUACCACUAUCGUCAUCAAUUAAUUUAUCAACACCCCCACCACAACAACAACAACAACAACAACAACAACAACAACAACAACAACAACAGCAGCAGCAACAACAUAUGUCAGGAUUUCAAUCAACGGGAAAUCAUCCAAUAACAUUUUUACCACAUGGCAAUCAUCAUUUUCCUGGUACAACACCAAGAUUACCAUUAAAUAAUACAAAUAUAUAUUCAACAAAUUAUUCCCACACUAUUUAUUCACGACCAACUGUAACAAUGGCACCAGGAUUUCAACCAACAACACCACAGGGUUUUCAACAAAAUGGUGAAUUAAUUUAUCAGUAUCCACAACCAGGUACACCACCACCACCACCUCCAUUACCACCUCCAGGAAUAGUAACAGGUCUUAUACCAAUGGGUCAUCAUCAAAAAAUAUCAUGCUACAAUUGUGGUAGUAACAGUCAUCUUGCUGUUGAUUGCAAAGAACAAACAAUGGAAGAUCUUACCAGGCGAGCUCAAUAUCGACUGGAUUUCACGAUACCCAAACAAUCUACAGACUGUCCCAAUGAUGAAUAAUCACCUAAUUGACCUCUUUAAUCUUUUAAUAAUAUAAAUAAUUAUAAUUAUUAAUAUAAAAUAUUAAUCAUCACGAGUGUGUUACAAGUGUUAGGGGGUAAGCUUUUAUUUUAUUUUUCGUUUUUUUUUUUAAAUUUUAAAUUUAGAUUGUGUCUUAAUAGAAAAGUGGGCGUGACUAUCGUUUAUAUAUAUACGAUUUAUUUUUAAGAGAACAGUAUCUCAGAACCUGCCAAUUAAUUUGUAUUAUAAAUCAGCUACUAACGAUCUGUAAAUUUUAAAAAACAAAAAUAAUAAUAAUAGUGAUAGUAGAAUAGAAAAAAAACGAAAAAAAAAGAAUAAAAAAAAGGACAAAACAAAAAUAAAAAAAAAGUAAUUGUAUAAUUGCUCAUUAUUUAUCGUACUAUCAUUCAAGUUUGUAAUUAGACUUGAUUAUUUUUUUUUCCGAUUAUUUUGUCGGCUUUAAUCUUAAUCAUUAAUUAUUAUUAUUAUUAUUUUGUGUGUUGAUUGCUUUAGAUUUAUAAACGAUUGCAACGAAUUUACGCUAAUGGCCGAGUGACUUUGUUGUUGUUGUUAUUAUUUUUUCUUCACUUCAAAUUUUAAAACAUAAUUUUUUUAUCGAAUUUAAAUUGGCCUUUUUUUUCUUUUUUUUUUUUUACUAAAAUUUGUAUUUACUUUUUGAUCGACUUAAUAUUAAUUUUUUUGCAUUUUUAAGUCUGCAUAAUAAUCAAGUUUUUUUUUAUUAUCAAUGAGCUUUGUUUUUUUUCUUUUUUCUUUUUUUUUUUUUUUUUUUUUUUUUUAAAUCGGAUCUUUUUUUAAAUCGCGAGAAUGUAAAAAUAAUUGACGUGUAUAAAAAAAAAUGAUAACAAUUAUCCAGCAGAAUGUACAGAUAAAUAAAUUUAAAAAAUACAUAUGAUUUAUUAAAUUUAUAAUGUAUUGUAUGUACAUACAUAUAUUUGCAAUAUAACAAUAUAUAUAUAAAUAAUAAUAAUAAAUUUAAAAAAAUAAAAAAAAUUGUGAUGUAUUGCAAUAGAUUUGUAGACUCUGUUAUCUGUGCGGAUUUGAAAUUUACAAAAUAUUUUAAUCUUGUGUAAUAAAAUAUUUAU